AUAAAUAUCCCAUUCUUCUUCCUUCAUAUCUCAUAUCCUUGGUUGUUUUUUAAGAGCUUUCACCAAAAAGUUUCCCAAGUUUUUUUUUUGUUUGUUUCAAGUUCAACCCUUUUUACACCUUAACAUUCAUAUUCUACUUACAUCUCAAACUAUCUUGAAAGAAAGAGUAGUCUAAACGUGGUUGUUAGCAUGUGUACUAUUAUGGAAUCAGUUUCUGUACCUAGUGCUGAAAAUAAGUCUGUUUUCUCAAGAUUAAGGAAGAGGCUUUCGCUCAAAAAGGCAACUCCGCAGAAGGAAGAUGAGGGUCUAACAACGACUACUACAACAACUGGUCGUCUUUCGGUGAGUAGUAGUGGUAGUGACAAUGGCGAGUUAGAGAGGGUAUUUAUAUACUUUGACGAGAAUGGAGAUGGAAAAGUGUCACCGGCUGAGCUUAGGAAGUGUGUGAAGGCGGUAGGAGGCGAACUGACGGUGGAGGAGGCGGAGAUGGCGGUGAUGCUAUCGGAUUCCGAUGGGGAUGGAUUGUUGGGAUUGGAGGAUUUUACGAAGCUAAUGGAAGGAAUGGAAGAGGAGAGGAAUAAGGAGAGCGAGUUGAUAGGAGCAUUUGGAAUGUAUGAAAUGGAGGGGAGUGGCUACAUUACUGCUAAGAGCUUGAAGAGGAUGUUGAGUCAACUCGGUGAGUCAACUUCCAUUGACAACUGCAAAACUAUGAUACGGAGGUUUGAUCUCAACGGAGAUGGAGUCCUCAGCUUCGAUGAAUUCAGAGUUAUGAUGACAAGUUAGAAGAGUUCAGAAAGAAAUAUUUGUGUACAUAAUAUGAUUCUUGAGCUCAAAUAAUUCUGAGUAAUGUUUUUCAGUGAGAUUUUUCAUUUUGUAGAUUCAUAAUUGCAAAGAGUUUCUUGGUUUCACAAUUUCACAAUUUAA